GAGCCAAGUGAUAUCGGCCAUAUACGGCCAACUUUUCGUUCAUUCGUCGACAGCUGGAGACUAGUGAUCUCUGGAUAACGUACUAUGCCGCCGAAAUGAAUUGUCGGUGUGCUAGACAUCUCCUCCCUUGACGUCUCAACAUGCCGGCACCCCAAGAGAAUUUAAGAAUUUGAUAUUUGCUAGCGCGUACGAGUUGUUCUCAGCUAACUUGCACUAUUGCACUAAAGUGCUGGGAUAAUCUGCUGCGAGAGAACAGCGCGUAAACUUGGUCAAUUUUCCCAGAAGCAUGAUCAUAUUCGAUGCCCUCAAUUGGUGUUCCACGGAGUUUAUCGCAGGAUGAGCUGGGGACUGCCUCCCGACCCCCCUUUGCCAUUUCAAGUAUGGAUGUAAAUCGACUGACCAUGACGGAGAAACCGAUUUUGCAAGAAGCAUAAACCCGACUUAUCAUGGAUUAAUGUCAAUCCCCUUCAUAUUAUGCACACUGAGAAGCACGCCAAUCAUUAGUUCGGACCGCACAAGGGCCACCCUCCGGGAUACCCAAACGCUAGACAGUUAUAGUAUGCUCAUGUCCCAACCUCGCUAAGUUCGACUCGACCCCAAUGUGCCUGAGGAACAGAAUUCCUACCACCACACAUACCGUUCCAGGCAGAUCUAAGGCUGGGAGCCAAGUCGGCUGGCUGCUUUAAAGUAAUGAAGUGCAC